GGCAUUAGUGGUAAGACGCGUCCAGUAUCCAGCAUUUGCCAAAUCCAGUGUGCCAAAUCCACUGUGUGGCACACUGGACGGUGCACAGUGGCUGGUGGACAUAACUGGACUUUUUUCAGCAAAUUUUGGGGAGAGAAAUAAGACAGAGCACAGCAUCGUCCCUUGUUGCCCCAUCGCUCUCCUUCCCCUAUUCCCCCGGUAAGACUCGGACACCCCUGCUGCAACCAUGGUGGUGAUGAAGAUGAAGUUCCCCUUUCAGAAAAGGGUGAAGCUAGCCCAGGGACUGUGGAUCCUGUCCUGGUGUGCCACAUUUGCUGCGGCCACGACCUUCAGCCUGGGAUGCAUCCUCAAGGUGGAGCUCCGCAGGAGGGCAGAGGUAAUGGAUAACUCAGAUAUACAUAUCGUGCCCAAUACCCUCAUAAUAGUUGGUCUGGCCUCCCUGGGCAUCAACUACUUUGCGUCAAAGAUCUGUCAGGAUGCUCUGGAUGCUGGGAAAUUCCCACGCUGGAAGACCUUCUUGAAGCCCUACUUUGCUGUCUCUUGUUUCUUCACCGUGCUCAUGCUGCUAGCUGUCAUCAUGAGCUACGCAAUGAAAGGCAGUCUGGAGUCUUCUCUGAAGGUCGGCCUGAGGAACGGCAUCCGCUUCUACAAGGACACAGACACCCCGGGCCGCUGCUUCCAGAAGCAGAACAUCGAUCGCCUGCAGAUGGAGUUUCAUUGUUGUGGAAACACUGACUUCAGGGACUGGUUCGAGGUCCAGUGGAUCAGCAACCGCUACCUUGACUUCAACUCUAAGGAAGUGAAGGACCGCAUCAAGAGCAACGUGGAUGGUCGCUACUUGGUUGAUGGCGUCCCGUUCAGUUGCUGCAACCCCAGCUCUCCACGGCCCUGCAUCCAGUAUCAGCUCACCAACAACUCCGCUCAUUACAACUAUGAAUACCAAACCGAGGAGCUCAACAUCUACCUGCGAGGGUGCAGAGAGGCCCUCGUCAACUACUACAUGGGCCUGAUGAACACCAUCGGUGCUGGAGUGCUGUCAAUCUUCCUCCUACAGGUCUCUGUGUUGGUGAGUUUGCGGUUCCUGCAGACCGCCAUGGAGGCACUGGCUGGGAAUGAAAACACAGAGAUCGAGACAGAAGGGUACUUGCUGGAGAAAGGGGUGCAAGACACCAUCAUGGAGUACCUCGACCCUGUGCUGAAGUUCCUCCUGCUUAAAAACCAGGUGGAAGAGGGCACUGCGGAGGGGGACACCCCUGCUGGUCCAGCUGCCACCUAAACCACACACAAUGUACACCCAUGUAAAUAGGACAACCACCAUACACUUUACAUGUAAAAAGAAAACAUAAAUGAUUGAUGACGAAUUUCACACAUUUAGGGUUAGCAUUUUUUAUUGUCAACUUACCAUCAACACUAAAGUAAAUAUAUAAGCUACUUCACAUUCACAUUCAACUUUCAUCCUGGUACCUUUAUUAUCAGUAAAGGUAUACACAAUAUGAUAAACCCUGUGUAAAAGUUCUUAAAAUUAACAAUAUGCAAAAAAAAAUAAUGUUUUUUUAUUCUUGUUAUUCUUGAAUGUGAUGUCAAUUGCUAAUUGCAUUCUCCCCAUUAUUGUCCAAGUCAAAUUCAAUGAAAUUACAGUUCAGUGCAUGAACACUAACUGAUGAGGCAGUGUACAAAAAUGACUUUUGGUGUCACACAAAUGAUGUAAAGAUGUAAAGUUGAGUGUAGAAAAACAUGAGGCACAAUGUUCUGCUGCACAACAGGACUAUGACAUAAUAUAACAGAUGAUUAAAGUUUGGAGUUACUAAA